AGAGCGCCGCUGCCCACUCGAGAGUUCACGUCGUUGCCGUCGCCGCUGCCGCCGUCCUCCUCCCGCUCCGCCUUUCCUUGCGCACAUGGACCCGGUAGGAGUCGCCGCCGCCGCCCCCGAGGCCGGGCCGGGCCCAGCCUGGCAGAGCAAGAAUAUUUAUUUCCAGUGUCCCUGGGGAACUCCAAAAACUACCUCGAUAUCAUGUUCCCUUGCCGAUGUGAUGAGUGAACAGCUGGCAAAAGAGCUGCAGCUGGAGGAGGAAAAUGCUGCUUUUCCUGAAGUAGUUGCUGUUGCAGAAGGACCAUUUAUUACAGGAGAAAAUGUUGACACUUCUAGUGACCUAAUGCUAGCUCAGAUGCUGCAGAUGGAGUUUGACAGGGAAUAUGAUGCACAGCUUCGGCGUGAAGAGAAGAAAUUCAAUGGAGACAGCAAAGUCUCCAUCUCCUUUGAAAAUUAUCGGAAGGUGCAUCCCUUUGACAGUGACAGCUCAGAGGAUGAAGUUGACUGGCAGGAUACUCGGCAUGAUCCUUAUAGGGCAGAUAAACCUACUAUUACACCAAAAAAGGGUUUCAUAGGGAAAGGAAAGGACAUUACGACUAAACACGAUGAAGUGGUUUGUGGAAGAAAGAACACUGCUCGUAUGGAAAAUUUUGCACCAGAGUUUCAAGUUGGGGAUGGAAUUGGGAUGGACUUAAAGCUGUCAAAUCAAGUCUUCAACGCCUUAAAGCAGCAUGCAUACUCUGAGGAACGUCGAAGUGCAAGGCUCCAUGAAAAGAAGGAACACUCCACUGCAGAGAAAGCAGUGGAUCCUAAAACGCGUUUACUUCUGUACAAGAUGGUCAGUGGUGGAAUGCUGGAGACCAUCACAGGCUGCAUCAGCACAGGGAAAGAAUCUGUUGUUUUUCAUGCAUAUGGGGGAAAAAGUGCAACUGAAGAGGAUAAAGUUAUACCUCCAGAAUGUGCCAUUAAAGUGUUUAAAACAACUCUUAAUGAAUUCAAAAACCGUGACAAAUACAUCAAGGAUGACUACAGAUUCAAAGACCGCUUCAGUAAAUUGAAUCCACGGAAGAUUAUUCGCAUGUGGGCUGAGAAAGAAAUGCAUAACUUAACAAGAAUGCAAAAUGCAGGAAUUCCUUGUCCCCAAGUGGUUAUCCUUAAGAAACACGUCUUGGUUAUGUCUUUCAUUGGCCAGGAUCAAGUCCCAGCACCUAAACUAAAAGAUGUGAAACUUAACAGUGAAGAUAUGAAAAAGGCCUACUAUCAAGUUCUUAAUAUGAUGCAACAGUUGUAUAAAGAGUGUAAUCUGGUCCACGCUGAUCUGAGUGAAUACAACAUGCUUUGGCACGAUGGAAAGGUUUGGCUUAUUGAUGUCAGUCAGUCUGUGGAGCCAACUCAUCCUCAUGGACUUGAAUUUUUGUUCAGAGACUGUAGGAAUGUUUCACAGUUCUUCCAGAAAGGAGGUGUGGUAGAGGCACUUAAUGAACGUGAACUCUUCAAUGCUGUCUCAGGUUUAAAUAUUACAGCUGAAAACGAAGUAGACUUCCAAGCAGAGAUUGAAGCCUUGGAGAAGAUGAAUGAAGAUCACGUGCAGAAUCAUGGAAAGAAGGUGUCCACGUUUUCAACUGAUGGAGACCCACCUAUAUAUAAUGAAUAGCACUGGGUGUGUAGCUGCUUUAAAAACAACAACAACAACACAAACUUGCUGCUACUGACUUUGUUGGUGCAGUGAUAAAUGUCAACUGCCAAUGUUGAGAGAGUGGUUGACUGGGAUUGCCAAAAUGGAAAACACAGUGAGCGUACGGUGAUGGCUCAGUGUGUUUUUUCUUUUUGUUUGCUUUGUUUUUAACUUGGCCCACGCAUCAGGCUGGCACUGGGAGGAUGGAAUGUCACUACUUCUGGGGAUGGUCUGACAGCAUCGCCAAUUGUCUGCUCACACUAGGCUGAUAUAGCUGUGGCGGUCAUAUUUUGCAUGAUUCAGAGCUUUUGUUUUAGUGUUGGGUUUUUUUUUCUCCCGAAAGUUACACAUCACAGUCAUUUACUGAAGAAGCACACUAGGAGAGUCUUUUUCCCUAUUGCUAGUUGUAAAACUACUUGAAAAUUGUAGAUGAAAAAAUGUCGAUGAGCAUCUCUCCCGUCUUCACCUCGUCCAAAACCAGAAGUUAAACUGUGUGCUGAAAUAAUUAAACUGUUAAUUUAACAAAAUAAUGUCUUUAGAUGUGGAAAACCUAAACUUUUUUCACUUAAAGUACAUGGAAUGUGGCUCUAACUGUCUCAGUAAAUACAGUUAGAUAUUACAAGAAAUGGGUCUUAACCAGCAGAGGACUUCUCUGGCAUGCUGGGAAAUCCAAGUUGCUUAAAGUAAGUUCAGUUACCUUUGGUCUUAAAAACAACAAGUAAUUAAAGAACUUGGUGCAAAUUAAAAAAGAAAACAACAACAGAAACCUGUAUAAUCUUGCAUCUCCACUGAAAAUCUGAGUAGAGCACCAAACCUCCUAAUUCAUCUAGAAGAGAAUCAUAUACUCUGGAAUCGUAUACUCUGAAAACUAAAUACUGAAUUACUUUUAAAUGAAGCUUUCUGAUUGUAAGUCGAAAAUUUCUUUCAUGCUUUUAUUCUUAAUGUCAGUCUUCUCUUUUAUCAAGUUUUAUAAGACCAGCAGUGUUUCUCUGCAGCACAUUUAAAGAUGGCCUGAUCUAGUGAAGUGGUUUAGAAUUAAGAAUUUCUGAUCAACUUUUCAAACUCUGAUUGCAGUUUCUGAUGCUGCUCUUUAUCAAGCAAAAUAUAAUGGCGCUGUGUGACAUUCUCCCAGUGUACUGUGGAAGUGAUUUGGUUUUGUUUUUAUUAAUUGGAGGAGUGGUGGCAAAGUAAAAACUGAAGAUCUUGCAGUGGUA